UGAAGAAUCUUUGGGAGUGACCAGGAUCGACAGUAUUAGAAAUGAGCAUAUGAGGGACAGCUCAAGUUGAACUGUUUAGAAAUACAGUGAAAGAUGCAAGCAUUCAACGUUCUUAUGGCUAUAGGGAAGAAGUAGUUUUUUAGGCUGGAUGUGUUUAUUUUUGCAGAUCUGUGUUAUCAACCUGAUGGUAACAGUUCUGUGUGUGUUUUGUAUGUGUUUCUCUCUGUAUGAGUAAGGAUGGUGUCUCCUGCUAUUGCCUUGGCCUUUCUCCCACUCCUGCUGACACUGCUCAUCAGAUACCGUUACUACUUUGUGCUGUUCUAUCGGGCCAUCCUGAUCAGGACGUGGAGGGACUGUGUCACUGGUCUGAGUCGAGAGGAACGCGCCUUCCAGUAUGUUCUCACUCACGCUACACCUGGAGACCCUGACAGCAUCUUGGAAGCCUUUGAUGUUUGGUGCAGCAAGGUGGAGUUCAUCAGCAACAUUGGACCUAAAAAAGGGAAGAUCCUGGACCGGCAGCUGAUAGAGCAGAGUCCCUUGACCGUGCUGGAACUGGGUGCCCACUGUGGCUAUAGCACAGUGCGAAUAGCCCGUAAUCUGCCCGUUGGUGCCAGGCUCUACAGUGUCGAGAUGGACCAGAGGAACGCUGCCAUAGCAGAGAAAAUCAUCCGCCUGGCAGGGUUUGAUGAUGACACAGUGGAGCUCAUUGUGAAUCCAUCUGAUGAGGUGAUCCCUAAACUGCGGUCAGACUACGGUUUGGAAAGACUGGAUUUUGUCUUCAUGGACCACUGGAAGAAGUGCUACUGCCCUGAUCUGCAGAUGCUGGAGGGCUCUGGUCUGCUGGGUAAAGGUUCUAUGAUAGUGGCGGACAACGUGCUGUUUCCUGGAGCUCCAAAGUUCCUCAGACACAUUCGUAAAAGCGGCUUAUAUGAGUGGAAAAUCCACCGGGCUACACUGGAGUACAGCAAAGGCAUCAGGGAUGGGAUGGCCGAGCUGGUGUACCAGGGAAUCAAAUAGAUCAUCCAAACAGAAAUACCACACUGUUAGACUGUUACACAUUUUGUAGAGGAAAGGAAUGAAGUAAUGAUUGUAAACCCUGUGUUAAAACAAUUUUAAAUAAACAGGAUGGUAGGGAUACGUGUAAAUCCUUUCUUAAAAAUUAUGCAUUAUCAUGAAAAACUGGAGCAUCUAUUUUCCAGACUAGUUAAAUAAAUCAAUAAAAAAAACUCUGCUCAC